AAAUGCAAUUGAUACUCAUCAUAUAAACCAUAUAUCAUCCUUUCCUCAACGUCUUUCAUAUCGCUGAAUAUCUGAUGCAAGACAUGAAUUUCAAGCGCCAGAUUAUUUACCAACAACAAAUGCAUAAAUAUACAAAUUACUUGAAUGUAGGACUACAGCGCGUUUGCUAUUUUUUAUUAACUAUGUGAACGUCUAAAGUUGUAUAUAUAUAAAAGCUCCCGAAUUUCUCAAAUUAGUCAGAGUUCGACAACGGUGAGGCACUCCCAAACAAGACUUAAACUCCUGUGUUCAAUAAUUAAAACCAAAAAUGAUUUCUCAAGUAGUAAUAGUAGCUUUGGUAGCUGUAGCCAACGCAGACCCUAUUGGCUUAGGAGGAUACGGAGGUCUUGAUGGUGGAAUUGGCUUAGGAGGUCUUGGUUUGGGAGGUAUCGGUUUAAAUCCAAUAAGCAUAGCAAAAACCGAAGUAGUGGACUUGUAUUCGCCACCAAAAUAUGAAUUCAAAUAUGGCGUAUCGGACCCUAAAACAGGCGACAACAAAGAACAGACUGAGGAACGAGUGGGCGAUGUUGUCAAAGGGCAGUACUCCCUAGCAGAACCAGAUGGUACCAUUCGUGUUGUCCAAUAUACAGCUGACAAAGUGAAUGGUUUUAACGCUGUAGUGAAAAGAAUAGGCAAGGCAUCUCACCCACAAAUUAUCCAAAAAGCUAUACCUAUUAUACAGAAACAAAUAGCCAUACCUGUUGUGUCAAAAAUUGGACUCUCUAGUGGGCUUGGUGGACUUGGAGGGCUUGAUGGGGGACUUGGUGGACUUGGAUAUUAAGAUUAGAUUGGACUGAUUGUUUAGUACAUUUUGUUGUUGCUCACCUCAUUUUAUGUUAUAUCUACAUUAUUUAAUUAUUAUUUAAUCGUUGUUUACAUAUUUAAUCACC